AUCUAGACCGCGUGAUACCUUACCCGAGUAUAUAACUCGGAUUAUCUGCCGCGCCUUUGGUAGAGUCACCAUGACUCAGGCGAACCCUCCCAACCCUCCAAUCCCCAACCUGGAAAAUCCGCGGUUCACGCUCGAGCUCGAAUUCGUUUUAUCUCUCGCAAACCCCCAUUACGUCUCUCACCUAGCUAUCACAUAUCCUCACCUCCUGGGAGUGUCUUCUUCAUCUUCCUCAUCUCGUGCCGCCAUCGAUAAUUCUGCGUCCACUCCUAUCUCCGACGCGCAAUCAUUCGCCGCUUACCUCGCCUACUUAUACUCGUACUGGAAACAACCUGAAUAUGUGCAGUUUUUAACACACCCAGGGGCGACACUACGGGCACUUCGGUUGCUGCAGGACGAGUCAUUUCGCCAGGCUGUCAUUCGUCCCCAGGUUAUCGAGGCGCUGCUGGGUGCUGGGACAAAAAACGAUACGGCAAUUGGCGGAGCCGGAGAGAAUAUCAAUAACCACGAGAAAGACGACCAGCAUGAACCUGACGCCGCGAAAACAACUGCUGGCCUUGGUGGCAUUGAGGGCAGAAACGGAAUUGAAUGAAUAAUAAGGCUUUCAACACCGUUUCUUUUUGCACCAUUAUGCACUGUCAUGGAAACUUGGUGUUGGUGAGAAAUCCGUCACACGCACCUAAUUCAGAGGUGUUUUAUAGGUCGUUGGGAGGACAGUGGGCGACAGGGGGCGAAAGAGGAAGACAAUACUAUUUCGUAACCAUGUACAUGUGCAAUCUACGCACCACUUAUGAUGG